CAACGGUCGAAAAAGUAGCUCUGAUCCUGAAAUGGUCUAGAAAUCAAAUACUCCUUAGAAGUCUGAAUUCAACGAUACUCUGUCACUCAAUUUUUCAGAUUUACCAUCUCCGCCCAAUCUCACCUGCCCCCUAAGAUCGAGCCCCGGAAAUCUACUUUAUCAGGAAGAAAUGGAAAGCGCUGAAAAGGGUUUCUCGUCCUCAAAACACCCUCCAAUCUCUUCUUAUUCUGGCGAAUCUAAUGAGAAUGAUGUUAACCCUAAUGCAAUGGGUUCCAAUUCGAAGUCUCAGAACGCCAAGAAGUCUGUGGUCAAACACUUCAUGGCACCUACGGUGUCUGCAAAUUCAAAGGUUAAGGUUCCGAGGAAGAAGAUUUUGGGAGAGAAAAACGAUUCCUUCACUUCUGGUGAGAAUACCCAGUUCCCAAAAAAUUCACCAGAUAUUGAUUCAAGAAAUGGUCUCCAUCGUUCAGGUUCUGGAACCUCCCUUGGCCAUCCAAUAUCAACCUGUAGUUAUACCUUUAAAUCAGAUGAUGAAGAUGUUGGUACUUUUUCCUCUGAUUCAUCAUUGAAGCCGUAUGAUCCUUUGACUAAUUACCUUUCCCCAAGGCCUAAGUAUCUGCGUUACAAGCCCAACAGGCGACAAGAGAUGUUCUUUACUAGCAAGUCUGAAGGGAAGGAAGAUAAUUCAUUCCUUUGUACAACUGGGAUUUCGGAUUUCCAUUACCGGGCUGAGGAACAAAAGGCUUCUGAAUUUGACCAGAAGCAGGUGUCUUUGUCUCUUCAAGAAAGCUCUUCAGAGAUUCCAACUGUUGAGUUAGAAUUGGAAGAUGAUUAUGAUUCUGAAGAUACCGACCAGGAGGAAGAUGAGGAGUUUGAGGAGGAGAAAGGCUGGAGUUUCAAAGGGAUGAUGAAAUUUCUGUUUUUGCUGGCUCUAGCAAUUCUAUCAACUUCAUAUCUAUCAGCUAUGAAUGAUGCGACACCUUCUCCAAUUGUGAAUCCCUUUGACGCAGUCCCCACGAAUAGUCACAAUCGGAGAAAUGUUUCAGGAACUCAUGUUGUAGGUAAUGAAUCAGGUUUCUUGGAAGUGAAUCCCUUUGUGAAGGAGAUUGUUAAAAUGAGUGAGCCAUAUAAUGAAGCAUCUGAUUCACUGCUUGAAGAAAUAAGUUAUGGUGAAGAAAGCGAAAAGGAUUUGAUUUGGUCAGAUUCAAAGAUUUCUGAGUUUGAAGUAGAAGAAAAUGGUAAGGAGGAGGAGGAACACCAUCAGUUUCCAGCUGAGUGGGAAAGUGACUCUAAUGCAACAACUGAUGAAGAUAUUAAAGUAGAGGAUGCUUCAAAAGCGCACCACUUGUGUGGUGGUGCAUUGGAUGAUAUUCAGAGUGUUUCUAGAAAUAUUCAUGAUACUAAUCAAGAUAAUGAAGGAAAUGAAUUGGAAAAUGAUCAAGAAAUUGACACAAUUUCCGAGGAAGCUGAAAUUGGCCAUGAGGCUGAAGAGAUAGGAGGAGUUUCUGCAGAAAAUUUGUUGGAGACUGGAUGGCCGACAAUGGAAAUUAGGGGUAGUGAUGUGGAUGUUGAAGAUUUUAUACCAGCAGAGAAUGAUGGCAAUAAAAGUGAUGAUGCCAGCAUGCUUAAAGGAGUAAUGAAGUCAAUGAAAUCUGUAGGAUUUAUGGAACUUGAGGCAAUUGACUUGUCUGUCAUAUGGUUAUCUGUUGUUUUCACUAUCAUGGCAUCUCUGGUUUGGUUACAUUCAAAAUGGACAAAAAAAGCUCCUGAACUAGAUUCUCUUCAUGAAAGAUCUAGCAAAAAGGUUGAACCAAUUUCAGCACGACCCUCUGUGAAAUUGGAGAAUAAGCAGGAGAAAGCUGAAUCCAUUGUGAAACCUUCAUCUGCUUUCUAUUCAUAUCAAGAGACUACAAGGGAGUAUGCUCGCAUCCAGGCUCCAGAUGUUGAGCUGCUCGGAGAGUUUGUAAUUGAAGAAUACAGCAGCUCCCUCAGAAGUUGUGGUCGAAAAGGCAGGAUUGAUACUGAGGAGAGUGUUAAUCCCAUCUCAUAUGCAGGUCACAUUGAUGCCAGUCCUGUUGCAUCGAAACCCCAACCACUUGUUCAAUCCAGCCUUGUUGGUUCACAAACUCAGCCAGUUGGUAAGGUUCGGUUGCUGAAUGUUUCAGAUGCAGAUUCUAACUCAUAUGGAAGCUUUACAACUGAGAAGAUUCUCCUACGAAAAGAGGUAAAUCUGAACACAUCUAUUACAUUACAUGAUCUUUUAAUAGAGCAACCACAAGAGCUGUCUUCAAUAAAACUUCUUUGCACAUUAGGCAUGUGUGUGUGCUUGUAUACUAGGAGAACGGUCCUAGAUCUAGUUUAGGCAAAAUAAUGCUGUCUUUAUAACUUUUGAUGGGUGGAUGAACCAAUACAAGUCGUGUGUUUUCAUCUAUCCAUACCAUAUGUAGUAUUGCUCUUCUCAUGAAAGCUUGUUUUGACUUUGCGCAUACGUUGAAACAGACGGGUAAAGAUGGAGAUGCAAAGCCGAUCACAACUCCAGUGAGAAGAUCAAGCAGGAUUCGGAACCUUUCAGUUGCACCUCCAUGAUCUUCCGCGACUUGUUGAUUUCUUUUGCUUCACUGAAACAGAAUCUCUGUUGUUUCAGCAUUUUGUAGCCUCUUCUCUGUAACCACUAGGAAUUUAACUUGGAAGCAAUUAGCCAUCGUGGAAAGCAAGCUGGAACUGAUCUUAGAACCAGUCAGCUGGAACUGAUCUUAGAACCAGCCAGUAGUGUAGGGUAUUAGGGAAAAAGCUUGCUGUAUCAUUUGGAGCAGAACAUUGUCAUAAUUUGGCAAUGGAAGUUAGCCAAGCUAACAUUUCAGUCUGAUUGAUUUUUCUGUUACCAUCGGGGG